AUGAUUAGUUAUUCACUUGUAGAUGCUUCAAAAGGAAAACUAAAUGUAAAUGUAAAUGCAGCAAGUAAAACAUAUAUUUUUGAAUAUCCAUGCGCAAGUACAUCUGAUUGUACAGAUUAUGAAAUUACUUUGCCGGCAGGAAUAUAUAAAUUUGAGUUAUAUGGCGCUAGUGGUGGAAGUUACUUUAAUAAAGUCACUUCAUAUAGGUUUCCUAAUAGAACGUGCAUUUCAGCAGAAAAAGUUAAAAAAGUAAAUGGAAAUACUGAUUGCCGUAUAGAUGGAAGUAAUGGCGGUGCUGGUGCAUAUAUUAGUGGAAUUAUUAGUCUUAAAGAAAAAACAACAAUUUUUGCCACAAUCGGAGGUAAAGGAAAUUAUGAUUAUAAAAUAAAAGAUAAAGAUAACGAUAAUUGUUAUAUAUAUCCAAAUCUCAUUGAAGGAGGUUAUGGCGGUGGAGGAAGUGCCAGCAAUCAUUAUGCUGAUUCCGAUUGGGGUGCUGGUUCAGGAGGUGGCCAAACCGCUGUCAAAUUCCUCUCUAAUGAUUUAUGGCAUCGAGUGAUUGUUGCUGGUGCUGGCGGCGGUUCUGACAAUAAUUUUACUCAAACUUUUGGUGGAGCAGAUGAUGGAUCAGGAGGUGCUGGAAGUUUAGAAGGUCAAGGAUGGUUUACCGAUGGAGUAUAUAACUCAAAUUAUUUGGCAAAUUCAACAUUUGGAUUUAGUUUUGGAUAUGGCGAAACAGCUCAAAAAGAUAGAUCACAAAAUCCUAAUGGUGUCCAAAGUUGUGGCGGGUAUAGCGACCGAGCAGGCGCUGGUGGUGGAUGGUUUGGAGGAUUUGCAAGUCAUCAUGGAAAUGGCGGUGCUGGAGGAGGAAGUUCAUGGGUUUUAACUUCAAACGCAAUUAUUCCUGAAGGUAAGAUUACAGCAUAUGACUCAUCCUACAAUCUAAGUGAAAGCCGUCAAUAUGCUUUUAGUAAACAUGAUUAUGAUUUCCAUCACAUUGUAGCAGAGUCUGGUGUGUGGGAAGGAUAUGGUCGACUUAUCAUUAAAUCCCUUGGUACAAAGAAGUGCGCUUGUAAUAACAAUAUAAGAAAUUAUUUUGCUAGAAGACGAUGA